GCACGAGCUAGUGAGAUUCUAUUGGCGUGUUCUGGCAUCUAUUUGCAUAUGUCCGUUAGGGAACGCCUACUUUGAUGUGCAAGCGUACAAUAACUCAAAUUGCCCUUGCACUCCGAAACAAAGCAAUUUUUUAAACUUUGGUAAAGUAUACAAAAGGCAGUUCAAUCUGUUACAGAUUGUAGUUUUGGAAACAGAAAACUGUAUGGAGAUCAAAUGUUUCAUUGAUGAGAAAAUUUGAAGAAUGUUGGCUAAAAUCUCAUCUCGCUCCAUCUCCCACUGGGCUUCUUCUCAUCACCAUCUUUGGUAAACAACACCUGGUAUUUUCAACCAAACAAUAACGCUAUUAUAAAGGGCAGUUUGACCCUGGCGUGAAGCAGUGAUGUCACAGCAGGCCCACAGCGAGCACCUGUUGGAGCAGCUGCGUUGGCAGCGGGAAAGCAACGUUCUGUGUGACAUCACGGUCGUUGUGGGCGACACACUGUUCCGAGCGCACCGUAAUGUCCUGGCGGCAUUCAGCGGGUUCUUCUCGGCACUGCCUGACAGAGGUCACCGGGUCACGACCCUUAACCCUGAGUUUGUCAGUGAGCAGGCCCUGGACACCCUGCUGAAAUACAUCUAUACUGGAGAACUACACACUGACAGUGAGGAGUCUGAGGCCGUGCUGAGAGCAGCAGUGUUCCUGGGGAUGAGGGAGGCGGAGCGUCUCCUGAAAGACAAAACAGACAGCCAACAGAAGACGAGGAUAGAGUCAGCCCCACACACCCCCUCCGCUCCCUCACCCUCCUCCCCUCUCUUACCCCCCAGCCCAGAAGUAAUCAAACCUCUGUCCUGCCUUUCUGGAGUGGGCUCUGUAGAGAAGGAUGAGGAGAGGGAAGGAAUGAGGGGGGAGGAGGAAGAGAGGGAAGAUCCAGAGUACACCCCUCCCUCCCCAAGCCCCCCAACAUCCCCCCGGAGAGGAGCCAGGAAGAGGAAGGGAAGAAAGCCCAAGGCCACACCUAGAAACCAGACCUCACCUGAAAACCAAACCUUGCCAAGUAACCAAACAUCAGCUAGCCAUGACGACAUCCCAGAUGACGCAAAAGUCACCCAGCCCCAGAGGGGGAGAGGCAGGGGGAGAGGCAGGGGGAGAGGAAGGGGAAGGGAUCUGUCGUUAGAAGCAUCAGACCCUCAGAUCAUCGAGGAGAACCAGACAGACCUCAGCCCAUCGUCACUGAAACUUGUCAAGAGGAAGAGGAUGAGUAGUGGAGAGAGGAGAGGAAAGAGAGGGAGGGGCAGAGGAAGAGGGAAACUGAAGGAGAACAGAUCGAGCGAUGGAGAGGUGAAUGAGCGAAAUGAUGAUAAGGGGAAGGCUGGGUUGAAGAACCAACAGGUGAAAGUGAAAGCGAAGCCGGUGUGUGCGGAGUGUAACAAUGAGUUCUCUGAGAUCAGUAGUCUGAGGAGACACAUGAGGAUCCAUAAAGGAGUGAAACCUUUCCAGUGUCUAUUCUGUUCCCGAGCCUUCACACAGGGAAACCAGCUCAAGAUUCACCUCCGCAUACACACAGGAGAGAAGCCUUUUGCAUGUUCUCAGUGUGACAAGGGUUUUACCCAGAAGUGUCAGUUGGUGGCUCACUGUAGAAUGUACCAUGGAGAAGAGAAGCCUUACACCUGUGAACAAUGUGGGCUGCAGUUCACUACCUCAUCUAACUACAAGAUCCACAGCAGGAAGCACAGUGGAGAGAAGCCGUAUGUGUGUGAACGGUGUGGGAAGGGUUUUGCCCAGGCCAGCACUCUGACCUAUCACAUUAGGGUCCACACAGGAGAGAAACCUUACCAAUGUGACACCUGUGGGGUGGCCUUCUCCGUCUCUUCUUCUCUCAUCACACACAAACGCAAACACACAGGUGAAGCGCCACAUGAAUGUCUGGUGUGUCAGAGGGCCUUCAUUACCAAACGAGAACUCAACAAACACUCUCGCAUCCACACCGGUGGAGAUCCAGCUGUUAAGCAGCGUGUGACAUGUGAGCUGUGUGGAAACACCUACGCUGGCAUGAGCAGCCUGAAGAAACACCAAGAGAGGCAACACUUAGUGGAUGUUCCAGAAGGUGCUCUCCACCACAACAUUCCUAUUGAUCACCAGGGAAUGAUCUCCCGCGAUGCGCCCAGCCCUGUGCCUGAGGAACCAGACAACACAGACCCCGAGGAGCCAGACAACCUUGAGCCCGCGACACCUAACUUGAGCCCUAACCCUCUCUGUGUUCUAGUGGAGCAGCUGCAUACAUCUUCCCUCUCCUUCUCUUCCCCAGUCUCCCCCGCCGAAAAUAUAGAGCAGAUCAUCAUCAUUAGAACAUUGGACAACGACCUCUGCCCUGACCCCUAACCCAGACCCUAACGUUACUCUUUCAGGCCUGGAGUCAGCCCGCCGAUUCAACUGGAUCACAUAUGAUUCAGCUGUAGUCAGAUAUAGAACUGUGUGAAUAGUGGCGAUGUUGAUAUGUCAUGUAAUUCUCUCCAUCUCCAAUCUAAAAGUAAGGUGUGUUUUUAAUUGCUGUAUAUAGUUAAGUGAGAUAGUCACUGAGGACCUACCCCACAGAAGAGCCAGGCUCACUGUAUGCUGGCUUGCAUUUUUCUGAUGGUUCUCUGUUCAUUGUUCUGGUUUUAAACCCACGUCUCAGUAACAUGGGGCUUAUGUAUAAGCUAGAGGUUAUGUUGAGAUAGGAUGGAUAUUUAUGAAAAGUCUACAUUUUUUUCCUUCUUCAAAUAAACAGCUUUAUUUUUUAUUCUGAGGAAUAAAUAUCUGAAAUCUCUGGGCUUUCUCAUCCUUUCCACAACAUUUCAGUAUCUUUAAAGAUGCACUACUAGGAUGUAAUUUCACCUUUGAACAUUUUACAUCAUUGUGGAUUAAAGCGAGUUAAUGUUUUUGAUUGUGUUGAUUU